AUGUACAAUGUGAAUUCCACCAUUUUGCGCAAGGUACUGGACUGGGCGCAGUACCACAAGGACGACCCACAGCCCAUUGGCGAGGACGAGAGCAAGGAGAAGCGCAGCGACGACAUCAUCUCGUGGGAUUCCGAUUUCCUUAAGGUAGACCAGGGCACGCUCUUCGAGCUAAUAUUCGCCGCCAUUUAUCUGGAUAUCAAGGGCUUGCUCGAGCUGACUUGCAGGACCGUGACCAAUAUGAUUAAGGGCAAGACUCCAGAGGAGAUACGCAAAACUUUCAACAUCAAGAAGGACUUCAGUUUCGCCGAGGAGGAGCAGGUGCGCAAGGAGAACGAGUGGUGCGAGGAGAAGUGAGACGAGUUAACGGCGGUUACUCAGCUGCUGGCUGAUUACACAAUAAUUU